AAGCUCCUCCCAUGUUUGUGACCCGGAUGCGUAGCGGGCUCAUCACGGGACAAUGAUUUCCGGUUGCAGUUGAGUUUAAAGUUGGUGUACAUACCCCCUACAUAACCCGGAGCGGCUUGCAUGACUGGGUAUACAAGCUUUUGUGUCCUCUAGUGCACAAUAUGCUGAGAGAGUGCAGUUACCACUGUGGAUAAAUUAUUCGAUUGUUGGGAGAUAAACUAGCUGGGAGUCUAUGGUUGUUGUUUCUUGUCCUCCCCUACUGCCUUUGAAGCUGGACAUGAAUUGCUUCAAAUGUAUCUACAAGUCAAUUUCAUUCCACUAGGCAUUUGGAUUGAGGUCUCCUGUUAAAUUGUGCUUUAUUCUCAUUGCAAACGUUUUGCUGCAUUAGAUGUUCUGAUCACUAUGGGUGAGAUAAAAGUCUCCCCCGAUUAUAACUGGUUCCGGAGUACUGUCCCACUAAAAAAGAUAAUAGUGGAUGAUGAUGACAGUAAAGUCUGGUCCCUUUAUGAUGCAGGACCCAGAAACAUAAGAUGCCCUGUAAUAUUUCUCCCUCCUGUAAGUGGAACAGCAGAUGUUUUUUUCCAUCAGAUUUUGGCCCUAACUGGAUGGGGCUACAGAGUUAUUUCCCUACAAUAUCCUGUAUACUGGGACCUCCUUGAAUUUUGUGAUGGAUUCAGGAAGCUUUUAGAUCAUCUACAAUUGGAUAAGGUUCACAUUUUUGGUGCUUCCUUGGGAGGAUUUUUGGCACAGAAGUUUGCAGAAUAUGCUCACAAAUCACCCAGAGUACAUUCUCUUAUCUUGUGUAACUCAUUCAGUGAUACAUCUAUAUUCAACCAGUCUUGGACUGCUAGCAGCUUUUGGUUGAUGCCUGGAUUUAUGUUGAAGAAGAUUGUUCUUGGAAAUUUUACGACUGGUCCUGUGGAUCCAAAAAUGGCAGAUGCAAUCGAUUUCAUGGUUGACCGGUUGGAGAGUUUAGGACAGGGUGAAUUGGCCUCUCGUCUCACUUUAAACUGCCAGAAUUCCUAUGUAGAGCCUCACAAGAUCAAAGAAGUUCCUGUAACCAUAAUGGAUGUUUUUGAUCACAGUGCACUUUCUCAGGAAGCCAAAGAAGAAAUGUAUAAAUUAUAUCCAAAUGCGAGACGAGCUCAUCUUAAAACUGGUGGCAAUUUUCCCUAUUUGUGUCGGAGUGCUGAGGUUAACCUUUAUGUACAGAUCCACCUGCGACAGUUCCAUGGUACACGAUAUGCUGCAAUUGACCCAGCAAUGGUGAGCGCUGAAGAACUUGAGGUACACAAAGCCAGGUUUGAAAAUGGGAAUGAAGAAGAUCUUUGACUUUCUCCCUUGACAAAAAGAGUAAGCUUCCACAAGAUGGCAUUGAAGUGCGAACUCUCAAGUGUUGGCAACAGAGUACCUGUUUUUAAAAAAGUUUUGUGGCUGAACAAAUGAGAGGUUUACCUGAUUACUUUUGUUCUUUAAUUCUAAUGAAUUUAAUUCCCACAAGAUCUUUUGUCUAAAACCUUCCCCAAUGGCUUCUCUAAUUAAAGAUUUAGAAUCUAAACUAUAGCUAAAUAACCGACACCGUAAGUCUCCUUGCAUUGCCUCUUAGGUCAGUCCUGUUUUAUUAAAUACCCUCUUAUUUUAAUUCAUUUGUCGACCAGUUAAGUAUUUCAAGCACAAUUUACCUGUGGUCUAAUCACUUCAUGUCCACUUGAUUUUGAAUUAGUUGGUAAAUGAUAAUGUGCCUGACGUAUUGCAUUUAUUUUAGUCAUUUAUUUACCAUAAUUUGUUUUGAAAUUCAUAUAAAUAACUGUUUAAAAAACCUUUUUAUAAUGUGUGUUUAUUAAUUUGACUUUAAUUCACCAGUGAAUCUGUUUGCAGUUCCUGCAAAUAUAAAGCUGAAAAUUUGUUGUGUUUGACUUUUACUUUAAGAAUUAUAGUUUAGAAUGCAAAUACUGUGUGUUAUGUAAACAUAUUGUUGAAUGUGCUUACUUUAAAGUGGCAGUUUGUGUCAGAUAUUUGCCUUGGGAGAGAAUAACUCACUAAAGUCAGGAAGCAGCUAUCAAGAAUAUACGCUGAAGAUUACGCUAUUAAUGUGUUUUAUUGCAUUCUGUGAAUGAAAUGCAUAUCUAGCCUGCAAAUGAAUAGAAUUUAAAACAUGUUCGAAAAAUGUCUUUGGGGGCUGAGCCCCUCUUACCAGAGGUUUUUACAUCAGUGCAUUAUGCUGAUUAAUAAAUUUGAUUGUUUAAACAUGGAA